AAAUAUAUAAAUUCAGGAUAUAGAUUUUAAAUGUAUGAAUUUAUCUAUAAUGAGUAAGCCAGAGGCGGCGGUGGCGAGGAAAUACUCCCUGAGACGAUAUGAGGAAGAAACCUUGAGGGGAACCUGUCCUCAUCUGGGUGACACUGGAUAGUGCGAUUAUAAAUAAAUAAAUCCCUUCUUUAACUGUGUACUACAUGUUCAAAUAACGCAAUUAUGUAACCAGGAACUUCAUUAUAGUUUUCUUCAUGAGGUUUAUUCGGUUGAAGUUACCAAUUGUUCAUGGUAAUUUCAGUCCUAAAGCUAUCAUAGCAAAACUGUUCAUAUCAGUUGCAGUCCAAAGCCAUCUUCCUGCUUUUUAAAUAGUACCAUGCUCAGUAAUCUUGUUGAUCUUUAGGCUGUCUCUGUGGGGCCAUCCUCAGCAACAGCGAGUAGCUUGUUUGGAGGUCACAUGCAGAGGAAAGAUGGAGAAGAUUGUGUUGCUGCAUUAGUGGUGUAUUACUUACUUCCUAUUGCCUCCUAACCUGUAUGCUGUGGAUAUCGGGUACCUGCUAGAGUAAUCGUUCAGAUGUACUCUUCACUAACCUAUUGCAGUGUGCGGAUAUAUGAACCCUGAAUGGUUUCCAUGAAAUGAUGUACACUGAAUAUUCUAUUUCAGGAAGCCUACAAAAGGGCAGUUUUUUUACACUACAUCUUUGUAACCAGGGUGGCAUGGUAUUACAGAGGUAGUGGUGCUGCCUCACAUGUUCUCCCCGUGUGUGUGUGUAUGCAUGCAUGGUGCCUCAAAAUGGGUUGGCAAAGGACAGGCUGUAUCCCCACCACAUGCCCAGUGUCCCCAUGAUAGACCCCGCCUCCACCGCAAUCCUGACCAGUAUGAAGUGGUUACUUAAGGUGAAUGAAUGAAUCUUUGCAAGCCAAGUGUUUCAAAAGACUACCAAAUCAGGCUAAUAACUAAUAGAUGUCUUUAACUCUUAAAUCUCAACAAUGUGGGGAAAUGGUGGCUUAGUGGUUAGCAAGUUUGCCUCACACCUCCAGGGUUAGGGGUUCAAUUCCCUCCUCACCCUGUGUGCGUGAAGUUUACACAUUCUCUGGUGCUUUGGGGGCUUCCUCUGGGUACUCUGGUUUCCUCCCUCAGCCAAAGACGUGUUGCAGGCUAAUUGGCAUGUCCAAAUUUGUCUGUAGUGUGUGAAUGGGUGUAUGAUUGUGCCCUGCGAUGGGUUGGCAUGCCAUCCAGGGGUCCCCCGCCUUGUACCCCAAGUUCCCUGGGAUAGGCUCCAGGCUCCCUGUGACCCUGUGUUGGAUAGGUGUGAUAGAAAAUGGAUGUAUUUAAACAUUGCUGUAUAAUAAUUUCUUGCAGACUAUCCAAAACUAGAUGAAUUUCUAUGCAAUGUGGAAGCUUUUGUGCUGUAUCUAACUUUAGAACCACAACUUUCACAAGAGCCUCAAGAUUUCAUAGAGAUAGUAAAAAUUGUGACCCUGUAGGAUAAGUGGUAUAGAAGAUGGAUGGAUGGAUUUGUAUGAAUAACCUGGAAUAUAUCUAGAACAUCAUAAACAUCAUCCAUCCAUCCAUCCAUCUUCUAUACCGCUUAUCCUUCCUUCAGGGUCACGGGAAAACCUGGAGCCUAUCCCAGGGGGCAUGGGGCACAAGGCGGGGUACACCCUGGACAGGGUGCCAAUACAUCGUAAACAAAACAAUACAAAAAAAAUGGAUUAAGCCAUGGCCUUUGCAAAAGUCUAAGUCGCUUAAAACCUCCUUGGAAAACCGAGUUCAGGACCGAAAUGCAUGUUUUCAUUUUAUAGUCUACACAUUAUACAGGCCACCUAAGGUCCCGGAGAUGGAGAUUUGUGAACACCUAAUUGUUAGAGGGGUAUUAUUGAAAAAAAGGACUAAUCUUACCUAAUGCACCUUUAAAGGACCUUUGAAGUGCCUUAUUUGAUGUGACAUAAUUUCCACUGAAACAGGAAGUCAGGGUGGUACAUAUCGAGUGGCUUUCCCCCCUUUUUAAAUAGCUAAUAGUGGUUAGUGUACCUCACAGCCAGGAAACCUACAACUGAGCAUUUGAUUGGGCAGAAAAUCUGAUGGAGAGGCUGAAGUGCAGAAUGAUGUCAUCAAAAUUGUUACUCUGUAUCGUUGGUAUAGAGAGACUGUAAAUUUUGAAUGCAUAUAUCUUCUAAAUGUAAAAUUUGUCAUUGUUUUAGAGCACACUAGCUUAUAGAUAACCUUAUGGCUAACAUUCAUAUUAAAGCCACAAAACUUCAAUUUUGAUUUCAUGGGGUACUUUAAAAAAUGUACACACAUUAUUUAGGCUUUUAUUUUGAAAAUGUAACGGAACUUGUUUACGUUGGCGACCUUCACACACCAGCCUUCCGUUAACAGCUACAUCAUGUGCAACAGGAGAAAGGAUUUGUAGGUUCACUUGCUGAUUCCAAACAUGGGCAGCUUCACUCUGGUGCAGAUGUGCAUCAGGAAAGUGGCUCAGCAUAUGGAUGUGCUGGAGAGUCAAGCUGGGGAUUUGCCAGCCUCACUUCUGAAAGAAUUGAUGCCUCACCUGAACAUGUACUACCUGGACAGGAUUGAAAAAGCUGCUCAUCUAAAAGGUGUUUCAUGUUCAUCUGCUUGGGCAGCAAAAUGGAGGGAUCUGAAUCGCACUUGGCGCUGGAAGUUAAAGUUUUUGCAGCCGGAGAAGGAGGACUGGAAGCAGAUGUGCUUGGAGAGCUAUUUUCACACGGUGCUGUUCAGAAGGUCGCAAGCACAAAGCUCUGCAUUUGACACAAAAGAUGGUGCGGUACUCUCAGUGUCAGCCAAGUACGUGCGGGUUCUCUCUCUCUUCACGGUGCAGGAUGUGUGCAGAUUAGCUUCAGAGGAACUGCGGCUCAUCCUGUCCACUCUGGAGAAGGAAGUGAGGACACUCAGGUUGCUUGACGCCAAAGUCUUACUAAGACACAUAAAGUCAGACGUCCUCUUUGUUCUGCAUCGUCUUCUCGACCAUGGCUCAGUUAAAAAGCUAGUUCUGAAGAGGACUCCAGAUUUGUACGUCUUCAGAUGGAUUAUGUCCAGAUGUAAGGGCUCUAGCUGGAUUGAUGAGGGUCCUGCAGCAUCCAAACGUCCUCGGCUGCAUCUGCUCACAGAUGAGACGGUAUACAACAAGUUCUGUCCCUCAUGUAGUGCUAAUGGGACCUGUCCCGAGGGACAGAUUCAUUCAGUGGACCUGGAGGUUUGUUCAUUGACUGCAGUGUCUUGCCUCCUGCCUUCCUGGCUGGAUCUCCACUCGCUUCACCUGUCCACUACCCAGCUUGUUUGUGAGAAGGAGGUGGUCGACUUGGUGGAAUCUCUCAGAAAGCUUUUCCUGAACCCACACUGUUCCCUCAAAAACCUGAGCCUUGGUAACUUGUGUGUUCAGGGUCAUUUAGCCAGCUUGCUGAUUUCCUGCCCCACACUGCAGACCCUCUCACUGGAAAUCAGCCUGCGGUGGGACUGCAGCACCACAUCCAGCGUACAGUUCACACCAAACAUGUCGCUCUCUCUUGAGAAACUCACCUUGAAGGCAGUUGAGAACCAGACAACUGUAGAGUGUUUACCAGCUGUGCUUCAACAUGCUCCGAAUCUCCGCAGCCUUCACGUCACAGGAAUACGGCACGCUUCUUCACUACUACACACACUGCCAGGGUCCAAUCCAUUCCUGAAGGUACUAAUGUUGGAAGACAUAAACCUGGCAGACUGUCACCAUGAGAUUAUUCAUCUACUAGAGAACUCCAUUUUGGAAGAGCUCUCCUUGAAAGACUGUAGGCUGCUAGAGAAGUGCACAGAGAAGAAAGACUUCCUGGUACCAUUUGUAGCAUCUGCCAAGGAACUUUCUUCCCUUCGCUCUCUGUCUCUAUCUCAGAACCGUCUCGCUUCAAGCGUCAUUGAUGUUGCAGAUCUGUUUUUAGGAGAACAUCCUGGCAACAUAACCAAAUUGGACCUCAGCUCAAACUUCAUCCUUCCUGCUGACCUGCUGGAGUUCAGCCAAAGGAUUGACGCGUACCAUCCCCUUCACCGAUUCACACUGGACCUGCGCUUUAACCCACUUAAUCGUGACCCUGAGGUCAAAGGUCAAGCCCUGCGGAUGCUCCUUCCAUUCUGUGAAGUUCUGACUGAUGAAUGGGACUUCAGAUCGACCAUGGUAGAUCACGUUAGUGUGAUGUGAAGAGACAUUUAAUGCUAGAAACACACAGUACUGGGAGUAGAAGUGUUAAAAAAUGGCAUCCAUGAAAAAUUUAUUCUGUUGCUUACACCACUGCUGUGCCCCAAACAAACUGAUGCUUUGUAUGAUUUGCUUUCUCAUAUCUAAAAAACACAAUGUAAAAAUUCGAUUUAACUUUCCAAAACCUGUGGCUUGAUGAUCUUGAGUCUGAGGGUUUCAGAUUUGAUUUCUGACCAUAUACCAAAAUUUGCUAAAUUGAAUUUAAAAUGUUCCAUGUAAAUAUUUUUGUGUGUAUUAUUUUUGGAGUAAAACCAUUGUUUCUACUGUGCAGUA